UGUUGCAGCUUGAUGCCGGCGGUGCUGCUCGCUCUCUCAGACAGGAAGCAGCUGCUGACCAAUGAGAUCCUCCUGCUGAGCGCGGUCACCGCCCUGCAGCGAAUCACAGAGACGCUGCCGCACUUCUUCAGCCCUUACCUCCAGGAAACCAUCACACAGGUGUGUAGUUUGACUCGUCUGGUGGAGUCUUACUCUUCCUCCUCGUCUUCCUCGGCCGGCGCUCAGCUCUCCUCCCGUCUCUCCUCCCUCCGGGCGACCCUCGCUACCAAACUGCCCCCCCGAGUCCUGCUGCCCACCCUCACCAAGUGCUACAGCAGCAUGGUUCUCGACAGACAGGGCCAGCUUGGGGCGCUGCUGAGCAUCCUGCAGGAGCACAUUGGUCACAUGGAGAGGGAACAGCUGAGCCACCACCAAUCAGAGCUCACCUCCUUCUUCCUGUCCGCCCUCGACUUCAGAGCGCAGCACUGCCAGGUAGCAACACAUUGA